CCAUUUCUUUCCCGCCAAAAGAAAAGACCAGAAAGAAUGAGCGCGAGCCAAAUGCUUCAGAAAGAAGCUUCGGGAUUUUCGACGCCCGAUCGUAGCAGAUUCAAGAAGAAAUUCAGUCCAAGAUCUUUGGUGUUCGACUCAUCUGCCGAGAUCUCCAAGCAGAAUCUCAAUGUAGACGACAUUACCAAUGGCUUCACGGCAAGUCCGUCCGAUCCAGACCUGUCAGCUUCACCAGAAAUCUCGCUUCACUCUGAACUAACUCAGUCGUCGGAAGUCAAACCGGGUCUCGUCUCUGCAGCUGUCGGCGAUUCGACAAGCUUCAACUCCUUGGAGGCGGAGAUCGCCGUCGGUCUUCUCAGGAAAGCCAUGGCUCAGGUGUUGAAAUCCCCUAACGCGGUGGAUUCUCAAUCUAGAAAGCUUCUCGAACAUCUGAUCCAGGUUGUGAUAGAGAUGCACCAAAAGGAUCCGGACGAGACAGACCGAAUUGGAAAACUCCUCCAGGCCAAAACUCGCAUUGUCUUGGUCUUCGUCUUGCUUUGCAGCUUCGCAACGGUGGUUACUUGGAUCUUCAGAUCCAAAUUGCAAGAUGAGAAUAAUUUAGAAAAUGCGAGAGGAAUUGAAACCUACAUCUCAGGAAUAAUUCCAGUUCCAUAUGUGGUGGCAAUGAUUGAAAUAGCAUUGAAGUUUCCGAAGAGGUCUCUUCAGGAAUGGAAGGAUGGAAUUUGA